AUGGCCAUUUCCCAAGUGCUCCGUCACCCUGUCCCUGGUGCCAUCACCGUCCCCCAGUUUGUGGCUUCCUUCCAGCGGAUAUGGCGCGAGUCGAGCCUGUCCCGGGGCCCGACUACACGAGGUCCCCGUCUUCCCUCCCGUCUGGGCUUGGCGGUUAGUGGUGGCGCCGAUUCUAUGGCGCUUGCUUACCUCUGUCGCGAAUGGGAAAAAACCAGCAGCAGCAGCAGCAGCAGCAGCAGCAGUGCUAGCUCCAUAGCUAGCACUGGCAGGGCAGAGGAACCGCCACCCCCGGUGUCAGUGACCGCGUUCAUUGUGGACCACAAAGCCCGCGAGGAGAGUUCGCGUGAGGCGGCUUUGGUGGCGGGGUGGUUGCGAGAGAUGGGAAUCAAAACCCAAAUCCUCCCCCUCGACUGGUCCACCCUCAACCCCACCGAACUCUCCGCCUUUGAAACGCACGCCCGCCGUCUGCGCUUCCAGGCUCUCGGCCACGCCUGCCGCGCAGCCGGCAUCGACGCCCUCCUGACGGGCCACCACCGCGACGACAACGUCGAGACGACCCUGUGGCGGCUCUGCACGGGGGCGCGCGGCCCGGGCCUCUGCGGCAUCCCCGCUGUCACGGGCAUUCCCGAGUGUCAUGGGAUGUUUGGGGUGGUGGGGAGUCGGCAGGUGGAGGGGUUGAGGAGUUCGUUGGGACCGCAGAGGAUGUCUGGUGCGGGAGGGAUAGGUGCAGUCCCAGCAGCAACAUCCACCCUCCCCAUCCUCCGCCCGCUCCUCCCCUUCCCCAAAUCCCACUGCCUGGCGACCUGCGCCGCCCACCGCAUCCCGUUUGUGUCGGACCCGACCAACUUCGACCCCACGCUGACGCCCCGGAAUGCGAUCCGGAGUCUGUUGGGCAAGGGGGUGCUGCCGCGGGCGUUGCGCGAGGAGUCGGUCUUACGGCUGAUCGAAGCGAGUCAGAGGCUGGUGAGGCGCUCGUGGGAGGCGUCCGACCAGCUUUUGCAAAAGUGUAGGGUGGAGAGGUUUGUGCCGGAGACGGGGGUGGCGGUGGUGAGGUUUCCUGGCUUGCCGUCGGUGGCUGCUGCUGCUGCUGCUGCUGCCGCCGACAGCAAGGAACAAUGCGUGCCGCAGAUCCAAGCACUUACUCUCCGGCGCAUCACGGAACUCGUCUCUCCGUUCCCGGAUAAUCAUUUUGCGCUGCGCGGGUUCGAGAGGUUCACGCAGCGGGUGUUUCUGUCGGAGCAGCAGCAGCAGCAGCCGCCGCAGCAGCCGCAGUCAUUCACCCUGGGCGGCGUCAUGUUCCAGCCUCUCUGCGCGGAGACGGAGGAGGGGACUUCAACCGGGAAGCAGACCACCGGCACACUGAAUCAGCAUGCAUGGCUUCUCUCCCGCCAACCGUACAUGAAAAACCGCCUUCCGGUUCUUGAUGUCGACCUUGAUAUGUCUCCAAUGCAGGUCACGUCACAUGCAGCGGCAGACACAGACAGAUGUACAAGCGACUGGCACCUCUGGGAUAACCGGUACUGGUUCCGGAUGAGCUGGAAGAGUCCCAACCGCCACCCGAGCCCCCAUGCCCAUCAUCACGGAAGCAGAAGUCGGGAUCCGAACGUGCAUCCGACCACCACCACAAGCGAAAGGAAAAAGAAAACACAAGCGGAGGAGACUCUGCACCUCCGCAUCCGACCCCUCCAGAAACGCGACCUGAAACAUCUUCGUCGAGCGGUUCUCGACCCCGUUUCAGACUCAUCCUUCGUCCCAGACUCUCCCUUCCACCACCCCCAGACCCGAUCCCGGGAUACAAACUUGACCCACCAAUUUGAGGCUGAAAGUGAAAUCCCCACCACCACCACGACUCAGCAAUACCCCGACUCACAAUCCACUCAACAAGUCAACAACCAACAUCCCAAUCCAGGAACAUCAGCAACACCCAAUACUCCCCUAACUCUAUCCCACCUUCUCGCCCAUGCCAGUCCCGGUCCGACUCGGUUUACUGUUCCGAUGCUGGUUUUGAUGCGGCGGCGGCGGCGGCUACGACCCGGGGAUGGGGAUGGGGAUAGGAUGUCUUCAGCUUCAGACGGGGGAGUCUAUACCACACCAGCAUCUGCAUCUACAUCUGCAUCUACACAAGCAGAAGAAGCAGAACAGCACCUCCAAGAAGAAGGAGAAGAAGAAGAGAUCCCCCUCGCGCUGCCAACGCUGAAUACCUGGCUUCUCACUUCGCGUCCGUUCCGUCAAACACAUGCACAAGCACGAACCCCCGCAGCGGAAACAGGCGCAGAAGCAGAAGCAGAAGCAGCCUCGAUAAUCCAGACUUUAACCUGGGAAUGGCGGUACAAGAUGGUAGAUCGGGCCGGCACCCUGCGGAAGAUGGGAUGGGAAUGA